GCAAGUAGUAGAUCGAGACAUGUGUCUUCUGUAGGUGAGAGGCCGCUGGCUGCUUCGCCGAGCCAACCACCGUUGCGUUCAGACCGUGAUCUCGUGCGAGAAGAGUUAGAUCAGGGGAGAAGAGGCGCGUCGCCGGGGCACAUUCCCACCGUGCAGGAAGCACCAAGUCUCGUGGCAGUAGAAGUUGCGUACUGCCUACUGCGCGUGCGUAGCCGAUGCCGAUGCCAUCCAUGACCUUAUCUUCCAGCCAAGCCGCGUGGAGAUAGGGGUUCCGAUUCCCGAACGCAUCCGGUUCCCUCCCCCAAGAUUUCUUCGCCGAAUUUAAAGCUUUGCCGCCCUACUCGUCGCCAGCCACCCGUUUCGCACAGCCGAGGGGAAUCUCAAUCUCUCAUCUCCGGCGCUGAACAUUCCGGUCCCGGGCGCGUGCAAGUGCCCCUUCCGGACCCUGAUCGCCGACGCGCCGGAUCUCUCGGCCCCGUGCGCGGCCCGGAAGGCCGGAAGGCAUCAGCUGGCGUCACCAGCCAGACCCGUGGCCACGCCGCGCCCCCGUCGCGCUCCGCCGCGGAGAUUCCUGUGGGCUGGGGCAGGUGUCGACGCGCGGUGCCUACCGCGACGACCUGCCUGCCCGGCACGGCCGAGAUAGCAUACAGCACUCACGUUUCACGGUUUCCGUCGCGUCCAAGGCGCGGCGACAUACCGAAACGCUCUCUCUCUGUCUGUCUCUGUACAAGGAUGGUGCCGACGUGCUUGGACCUUGGAGAUUGAAACCGCCACGAUCCCCCACUUUUUUUUCCCCCCGGAAUAAAAGGAUCGGGAAGCCGCAUGUUCAGGCGAUAUGCAUCGAUCGGUAACGGGAUCGCCGGCAAUGGCGGACCAGGAGCAACCCGACUGGUUGGACCUCCCCUCGGAUCUCUUGGAGCUCAUCGGGCAGAGGACCCGCGAUGCCGUCACCGGGGUCGCCGCGUUCCGCUCCGUGUGCCGGACGUGGCGCGCCGCGAUAGGCCCAGCGCCGCGCCUCCUGCUUCCCCGCGCCGGCGCAGGGCACGCGCUCGUCUUCCCCUUGUCGCGCGGCUGGUCCAUCGUCGUCGACGCCCGCGACGUGUCCUGCCGCCUCUCGCACCUGGCCGCGGGCGUGACGGCUGCCCUGCCCAGGCUCAACAUGCAGCGUACCGAUAGAGAACUGGCGCUUGGCAACGACCUCUGGUUCACGGAUUUGUUUCGCUUCGCCGUCCAUGCCCCGCCCGACGCCCCGGCAGCGGCGGCGGGCAUGACGGUCAUGAUGUACCACAUGCUGCUGGGGAGAACGGGUGUGCUUUUCUGCCGCCCCGGAGACGCGGCCUGGACCGAGGUGGAGAAGCCCACCCCGAUCGGCCUGGGUUUCUCCGACUUCGCCUACCACGACGGCAAGAUGUUCGGCCUGGAUACCAACGGCGAGAUGGCGGUGUACGACGCCGCGACGCUUGACGUCCUCCACCUGGUCCGGAAGCCGCCGGACACGCCCAUCCUUGGCAACACGAUGUACGGCUUUGGUACUCGUCAUCGUCGAUUCAAAGAGUUCAACUAUAUCCAUCUCGUUGCGUUGCCGAGCAAGUUGGUUUUGGUCAGGACUAGCGUCAAGUUUUUCCGGCCAGUGGCCUUCAGCAUCUUCGAGUUAGGCUCUACGCCUGACGGUCUCGCCUGGCUCAAGGUGCCAUCUACCAUUGCGGCCUACUGCUACAGCAUGCAGGAUAACAGAUUGGAGUGCGUAUACAGCUCACCAGAGGAUAGUCUCGAGUGCUCAACGAAGCCUAGCUGGUUUGUUCCCUAGCUAGCUAGUUUGAUUCAUUUUGGCUGCAUUUUAGUUUUUAGUUAGUUUUUGUUUAUCGAACAAUAAAGUGUUUAUCUUCACCAGCCUCACGUGCUUUCGGUUAAACAAAUUUAUUCGGAUUUCUGGUUAA